AUGUCGGGAGAGCAACACGUCCCGCCUGUCCUCUUCGCAGUUUUUGCUGCAGCUAUGCUUCUUGCUCUAGGAAGUCAAGGUACACCAACCUUAAAAUAUUUUUUGUUUACUUAUUACUCUAAACAACACAUUUCAUAAAGUGCUGAUAGUAUUUGGCGUUUCCAGCACUGAAAUUGUAUGUUUCGUUGUGAGGAAGAAAGAAAGAUAUCGGGUGGGGCGCACAUGGAAGAAAAUACUUCAAGGGAUCUUACGCUCCCUGUUUUAACAGUUCAAAACUAAAGUGAGUAUUCUAUCUUUUAAAAACAGUUAUUUUUCUUUUACAGCCGCCAGUUUUAAAUCUGGGAAAAUCAAUAAUAUCACUGCCAUGAGCUCAGGGUUAUUUGCUUGCGAGAAAAUCACCUUCGAGGAACCAUUCUCUGGCGGAAAGCAAGUGAAAGUGUUUGUUUCUCCUGGUAACUCAACUAAUGGUGCUGCUGUUUGGGUGGAAUCAGAAGAUCAAAGUCAAUUUCGCGCUUGCAUCUACGAGUACAGCGAUGGCUCGAAUGCAGCUGCGGAAUUAAACUGGAUUGCCUUGGAAUCUGCCCCCUCCGGAGCACAACUAGGAACCACUUCCUUGGACUCUUGGACGACAGGAACAAAGUGUAAGAAGGUCGAUUUUCCUCAGGUUAGUUUAAUUUUCAAAAGAUAAGUAAGUUUACGUAAAAACUAGCCUUGAUUAAUUAUAAAAAGAAAGGAUCCUUGGUGGUCAGGGGGGUUCAGAUGGAGGAUGUUACGUUCAAUUACCGACCCAUAUAAGGUUCACUUAUCCAUAUACCCAGGCAAAUUUAUGACUUUAUCUAUAAAACUGAAUUUAUACAGUGAAUUUAAUCUGACAAUCAUAGACCGCUGGAAAAUCCUUCGAGAGAUCGCGAAUAAACCAGUUCAGUUCCUCUCAUGUUUCACUUCCCGCAUAUGAUAGUCUUUCACAUGGUAUGAUUUGGCUCAGCCAAUUGAAUCCAAGCUGUCAAUUCAGUGUCAUCAAGCACUUAGAGCUGAUUGCAUGAGCUGGGCUGCCUAGCUUGAGGUGACGUUUAACCCGGUGCCUUUUCGAUCCCGGGAUCCCAGUUAACCGGACUAGCUUGAUUGGUAUGUAACCACAAAGUUGAGUUUCGUUGCGUUUAAUGUAAUACUGAUGUGCCACUAACAGUUUGUGCGCGUAACAAAAAUACCCCCGCCUCCUCUCUUCUCUCCUAUUGAUGGUUUCGUUAUGUUAAGAUUUAUUUACUCUCCAGUUAAAAUAUUUGCUUAGGCUUUGUGUGCUCCGAAACUAUUGAACAAGAACAAUUUAAAAAUGGUACUGUUCAGUACCGCUCUAAGAUCAUCGUUUUAGGUUAAGAAAACUUUUAGUACAGUGAUGGACAAUGUGACUUGAAUGUGACGGAAGGUCUUUCCACUCUAACGAAUUUUAGGCUCAACAGGAAGUCGGGUGUUUAACUGUCGAUAAAACAGGGGAAACUAGACUCAAAUGCGGGGAGGAACCGACACUUCUCUGUAGGACCAGGAUCAAACCACUAAGUGGUACAGCUGAGUAGAUAAAACAGAACUAAACUUUAGUUCCAACAACAGCAGGUCAAACGGCGUUAACUGAGACGGGACACGGCAAAAUAAACGAAAUGUAGUCCGGCAACCCUGAAAUCCACGAUGUAAUAUAAAAACAGUAAAAAAUAGUUUUCCUAUAUAUGAUUUCUACAACCAUUGAAGGCAAAAGAAUACAAUAGAAAUAUAAACAGAAAUCGCUUAGAGUUAAAUGAAAACUUACAAAGUCUAUUUUUAACCUGAAAUCUUUUGUUACCGUUUCUAUUUUAAAAAGUAAAAGUACUGCAAAACAAAGACCUAGCUAGGUCAGCAAAACAGCGAUUAUGUUCAAUAUAUUAUUGUAUUGUAAAUGUUACAAUAUGUAUAAAGUUGCAAGUUAAGCUAUCGGCUGUUUAAACAGGAAGAAGGGUAGAGUAAUUACUAGUUUUCACCUUGAACAUAAACCCGCGAUCAUGCCAGACAUGUACAGCAAAACCUUUGAUAUUCAUAAUUUAUCUGUUGGCUCUACAGUAUGUAACUAACAACUUAAUGAGCGAUAUUUUCGUAAAUAAAUAUAGCUAAAAUGCAAUGAUUAUAACGACUGUGGUGUACCUGUGUGAAAAGCGUUAUUAUGAAUAGAUGUCAUCUGGUUGUAAAUCAGACUACAGUUAAAUAACCAUUAUUCACGGCAGCCGAAACUAAUUAUUCUUUUAAAAGUCAACAUAUAUUAAAGUAAAAUGUGAACAGUUGAAAAGAGGACAACCAAUCAGUUUUGUUUGUUCAGGAACACCGUUGGCUAAUUUCUAAAAUUAUUAGCGGGCACAAAGAAGCUAAAACCAACCAAACGUCAAAGCGAAUAUUUGAAGGCUACAUAAAUAUGAAAUUGGAGGCAAAUAAAGAAUUCUUGGAAAAUCUCAUCUCACAGUCAGUUGCGCUGUUGCAAUGAAUUUCGAUAACGUUGGGAUGAAGUCCUCUCAUACAGGGAACCCUUUCCACCUUUCCAUAACCUGGUGUAUGAUAUCAAGCAUUUGAUAGACGAUACGCCUUUUUUUGCAUUAGUUGAUCACGCGAUCAACUUUCGGUAAACACGAAAACAGUUCGACGGUUCAACGGUUCAGUUCAUUUUCGGCGGCCGUUAACGUUGUGAUCGCUACUUUUGAGAUAUAUGGAUGAAAAUAUACAGGUUACCUAAUUUUAAAAUGCUCUUUCAGCUUGUGCUAACAAAAUUUUUCAAAACCAAACUGUUUUCGUGUUUACCGAAAGUUGAUCAUGUGACCAACUAAUGCAAAAGGCCUAUUACCACCUCACAAACGUAAACAUUACCCCGAUGAGUUGUACCCCAGUAAGAUCUUGGGAUAUUGUUACACCUCUAGAGAAAAUGACCUACUCUCCUUCGGAAAAGUACCUCAACCCUAUUCCCAUGAUUUCAACACAGUUAUUCGUAUCUAGUUCUUUGCUUUUAUAGCAGGAGUUAUGGGUUUGGAACAUUAAGAACUGAAAACGUAAAUUGCCGAUAAAAUAGUCUGAAAAAUUGCACCAUAUGUUUCUCGAAUUAGAUUCAGUUAAAGAGCGUUUGUAUAUAUUAGACGAGAGAAUUUUUUGCGCGUCUCUGGUUUCUUUUGCUUUUGCUUUUUGAUCGCGCGCGCAGUCAUAGAGUGUACGCUAAGACAUAUUCAGCGAGAGCUAUAGGUGAGGCCUUUGUUUAACACAAUAAUCAUCCUUGAUUGCUCUUGAGGACAUUGAGCAACUAAACCUAAUUUCCGUGAUAUAGUUUUAAUUUUGCAAUGAUCUAGACGAUUGGGUACAAUGGGAAAAUUCUGAAUGUCAACCCCAAUGCGGGAGCAGUACAAGGCCAUUAUUCCAUUAUUUUCAAAAGUCUGGCGACAGUCCAACAGCGUAUUUGUAAUUGGGUUAUGUCUAAGCUUCCAGUUCCAUGCCCAUUGUUCAAUCUGGCUUUCCCAGUUAGACCCUGUUUACAUGGAGUGGGGGACCCCGGUCUAGUGGGGUAAGUUUCUUUUGCUUUGUGUCCCCCAGAGCGUGAAAACAAAAGAAACCAACCCCACUAGACCGGGGUCCCCCACUCCAUGUAAACAGGCCCUUAGUGUUAUAUCAUAGACUCAAUUUCUAUCUCUUUCAUCUCUAGCAUUUUACGGGACACUGCAGCCUCCUCUGAGUUUUGCGAAUUUAUGCGAUACGCAUGUUGCUAGUAGAUGUAAUGAUAAAGAGCCACAACAAAACAAAGUAAAUACAUGGAAUUCUUUCAAUUGGUAUUCGAGGAAAAUAAUACAAUACCCUAAUUAUGAAGAAAAAUCUUGUCUGAUUCAGGUGAAAUUGUGAAACGUACUUACUUAGGAAUUUAAAAAAUAUUAUUUCUUUAAGUUUCCCAUUCUUCGCCUUUCACUACUCCUUUAUAUUUAUAUUUAAUUUCAGCGUUUUUUGACCCCUCCAAUCGUACUUGCGACUCCGAGUCACCAGUUUCCUGAGAGACCUCAAGACGCCAUGGCAGUCUGGGUGGAGGAUUUGACAGAACACAGUUUCAAACUCUGUGUCUUAGGGAAGUGAAAAUUUUGAUGGACUUCAUAGGAGUAAAUAAGUGAAAAUUUUUUUUAUUUUUCCUUGUUUCAAUUUCAUUAGGGGCAUCAAAAAAAAAAAAACAAAAAAAUAAAAAAAUUAACUACAACAUAUCCACCAGGGAUUUCUGAGAUUUCAUGUUGCGCAUUUGCCCCUCAUUGCACAAAGCAGGAAAAUAGAGAUACACAAGGAAAUAACAUUCUGAUUAAACCACUUCAUAAAGGCGAAUGCGAUUCGAAGGCGGAUAAUUGAUUGUUUAGAAAGGGGGACAACAGAAGGCGUUUUACUUAGCUCGGCUGUUCAGCUAGAGCUCCGAAAUAUGGCGAAAACUAACGCUUCCUAAAAACAAAGCAAGAACAGCAAAAUGCCACAUGCGCGAAACAUAAUGACCACUAUUGAAAGAAUAUCUCAGCCAGAUAUAUACAAUUCCUGAAGUUACCGAGCAACAGGGAAAUGUUAUUAAAACGCAAAUUCAGGUCGAUGGAAACAAUAUUUUGAAUUAAUAAAUCAAUUUUUACACUUGUUUGACUCGGUUUUCGAAGGAUAUAUUUAACAAUUAUUCUACGAGUGCGCGUUGGACUGAUAUGAGAUGGCAGAUAGCCAACGAGGCGCGAAGUACUGAGUUGGCUAUAAUAAUCUCAUAUCCAACAAGCGCGAGUGGAAUAACUGUUUUAUUAAAAACGCCCACAAAAUUUCGAGAACUAUUCCCGACUUUAAUUGUAAAAACAAACGAUUUUCAGCUCGUUUUUAGUUUUGAGCAGACGCGUACAGUUAUAGUUUGGAGAGCAUGGUAUAAUGGCUCAUAUACCAUGAUGGCUAAGCCUAUCACAACUCUAGAAUUGCAUUAUCCAAUGAUUCAGUUUUUAAUGAAAAGAAUUAUACAGAUCAAGGUGAGUCUACUGUUGUCCGCCGAGUCCUCGUUGAUCUCCAUAAUUCCACAUAACAUCUACGCAGCCUCAUCCAAUAAAUACUAAGUAGUUUUAAAAUCGGUUCCUUCGUUGUAGCUAUCAUAAAGCAGUUAGCGAAAUAUUGCGCUCUUAGUUUACAGACUUAAAAAAAAAUGCCAAAAUGCAGGUUUUAAGUGUCCGAUAACCCCGAACGCCACACUACAGAUGGAGAAGGAGCGUCAGAAACACGAGGAAGAAAUCAAUGCACUGAGUCUCUUAAUGCUAUUCCUACUUUGCAACAUUUUCAACAAUCCAUCCAGAAAUAAAUAAAUAAAUAAAUAAAUCAUAAAAACAAAUCGCUGUAUCUUUAAAUAAAAAUGAGAUAAGCCUUAUCUAAUAUGAUUUUUCCAUUGUUUCAGAACUGGAUGGCUUAUACAAACCUCACUGUUGUGAACUUUACAUUAUCAGAGAGUCUUGUGCUAAGGAACAAAAACUCACCACCCCAAAAUAACGAGGCCUUUUGCGAGGUGAAAAAAUGUUAAUUAUUAAAAUGGACUAUCUUGACAAUGUUUUUAUAUUUUUCAUAAACUUUAACAUGUGCAUCGGUUGGUGAUAUCAGUUCCUGCUCACCUGGAUCGAAGUUGAAGUUUGGUCAUUUGCAUCACUUCUCACCAACGAUACAUUGUGGCUACGUUAAAGAAAUCUAUGAGUCUAAAAGAAAAAAAAUCUGAGGAUGGGGUUUCAAUUUAGCUUAGCCCUCCAUGUCUAUUUAAUCACUGAUUGUUUAAACUAGACGUAACUAGGGAGCAAAAAUAUCAUGUCCGUUAAUUAUUUGUCAUUGUAUGACACAUUGUGAUCGUUUCAUGUCAUUUAUUUAAUUAUUUAUUCAUUUAUUUAUUCAUUUAUUGAAGUAGUUAUUCAUUUAUGUCAGCAUGCACUUAUUCUGGAAAUCAAAGUAACUAAAAAGUGACAAAUAACAAUCCAUAUCGUUUAUGCUACAGAAUAUCAACUUCACAAUGCCGCUCUAUGCUCCACCAGUGGUAAUAGUGACCGCAAAGCGUGUCAGCAACAACUCGCAAUCUUCUGGAUGCGACGCAAUCGCCGCAUGGGUUGAGGUAAAAAAAAAAAAUUAAACAGGUAAAAUUGUAUAACAGACUUAUGCCAUCGUCACCCUGCAAGCAGAGCCCAGUUUUGUCUUCUUGACUGAGGAGGGGAAAAGGAAGCUGAUCUGCUUGAAUCGCGUCACACAUUUGAGGUCGCCGCAGCCAAAAUUUAAUUGUGGACUAGUCAAUCCUGUUCCCCCUUGUAACACUGUUUUUGUUGUUGUUGUUGUUGUUGUUGUUUUGUUUUUUUUCGAGUGCGAGCAUCCGUUUAUUGAUCAGGGGCACCCAACGACUGUUUUCUGUAAACGAUCUGUUCGGAGAAGCCAAUGUUGCUUACAAUGUAUUUUUCUUUUGCUUGAGGACGGCUGAAAAUUUCUAGAUGAACAUUCCAUUCAUGUACAAUUUUCGAAGCUCAUCCAUCAAAUCCCCUACGAUUUUUUAAUGUUGAAUUUUUCAUAUUUUAAUACUUCCCAGGUUAAACUAUUUUUCUUGGAAAGAAGAAACUUAAAAUUUUCGGAUUCUAAAACGUGAUGGAGAGAGGAAUCCGAAAAAUUCUUACUUUCGUAAAACGUUAAAUUGCACCUAAAAUGUUCGCGAAAAUGAUGCAGAAACCCUUGUAAUUUCGAAUAGACUUACGUUCCCCUAGGAUGACCGAACAGAUAAAAAUUGUUUAGCGCCGCUUAGAAUGCAUUUCGACAGAUCUAAAAGUCCUCUAAAUAGCCUAAAAAGUGUUUUCAUCGUAUUUUGGAGCAAACCAUCGUUGGGUGCCCCUGAUUGAUAAACGGGUGGUCAUGAACGCGGGCUUGCUGUAGUAGGAGCACAAUUAUUAGGCCUGGGUCCGAAACUCUAGCAACAUGCUGCACAUGCUCAACAAACGUCUUGUCAUUUUGUGCAGAGUCUUUCUUGAGGAGUACGCCAAAAUCAAGCAAACGAAAGAAAGGCUCUGCUCAGUGGCAGGGUGAGGCAGCGCAAACCUUCAGACGUGAUCUGUUUGAUGAUAUUAAUAAACAAGAAAAAAAGAUGUACGCUUAAGCUAUGAGUGAGGAAAGUCAGUACUAGAAAUGGAAAUCGGCAGAUUUUUCACUGCAGUUUUAUAUCAAAAAGAAGGUUUCGUGAGGACAAGUUCGCCUCACUGCGAGUUUUGCCUGCAUAUGUCUUCUGUCUCUGAAAUUUCUGUUGUUAGUACACAAACACCACAGAAACACAGAUUUGUGUCAGAAACUACGACCCAAAGAGCAAGGAUACCAUAAACGUGGAUUACUUAGUUUUUGGAGGUAGGUAUACGUAAGUUUCAGUAAUACCCUUCGCGUAAUUUAAUUUGGUCUCGCUAUUUAGAAGAAAGAGAGCGCAAGUACAUCAUCACAACAACUGUUUAAUAGGCCACUUGCACUAAGAGGUCACGUGACCAAUGCUUCCUUUAAACAAUGAGUUGGAAUCUUGCUGAUGCUAAAAAUUGACAGAGCACAUAAAAAUUAUCUUACCCUCGAAAUUUGAGGGGAAACGCAUUUAAGGGAGAUAUUUUAUGGCACUUUGAUUUUUCAACAAACUAGUAUGAUUUGUAUUUGCCGCCAUGUUGGAGGGCAUACUCUUGCCCUCCAACACGGCGGCCAAAACUACUUUUUGCUUAGAUCUUGUUAAACGUUUGAUAGUUACGCUCAGAUGUGUUGUAAACGUUCCCACAUCAACUUUUCAACAUUCCCCUUGAAGUUUAAGAGCAAAAUUUGUGUUCGGAAAGAGUUAAUUCAUAAUUUCAAAAAUCACAUUUUGGUCACGUGACCAACUACGAACUUACUCAUUUUAAGAAAAUGGUGCAGGUUUGAAAAACCAAAUCACUAUUAUUUUGUUCAAGACAUGACCCACUAAUCGUUUUCUGAAGAAAAAAAUCAUAUAACUUUCACUUUCAUAAAAACGAUGUCACAUGACCUCUUAGUGCAAAUGGCCUAUUGGUAUUGUUGACGUGUCACUUAUGACGUUAAUGACCCCAUAAUUAUAAGUUGAUUCAGUGUAUUUUUACCAACCUGCGUGGCAGGCAGGUUAUGUUUUUUACUCUCCUUGGCUACUUUUUAGUUUUCUAACAUCCAAUUUCAUUAAUUUGAUACUUUAAAUCAAACUCAAUGACGAGACACGUUCUGACUGUAAAGAACUGUGAGACAUCAGGCAGUCUCGAAUUAACACUAAUGAGGACCUCUAGAUCUAACCUCUUCGUUAGUGGGUUAUUUUAAGAAGAAAAAUGCUUUUCUAGUCUAGUACGCUAUGUGCGUUCAUAAAAGUGUUCACAAUAAAUGGUCUUUACAUUAAAAAUAAAAAAACGAAAUUGAAAUGGCCUAGCCGACGCGGUUUUGUUGAAUACUGGCUAAACGCCGUUUAAAUAAUUGGCCCAUAGAUGUUAGCAAGAGCUAUAAUGAUGUUAGCCUUUGCCGAUUUAAGGUAACGGAAGUAUAUCUAGCCAAUGUUUUGAAAACCAGCCUGACGAAAUUUGCAGUCAUUUAAGUGAAAAGGCAUCAAAAGACAGAUUUUUUUGGGCUCAAAAAGAUUUUACUCGAGGGUAAAGGAAGAGGAGAAAAAGAAAGAGCGAAGAAACGAAAAAAGGAGCAAAAGAGAAAAAAAGUAAUGGUAGUGCACACUCUUAGUUUUUAUAAUGGCUACUUUGGAGAUAGUUCAAGUUUUGGCAGAAAAAAGCUGUUGGAUAGAAAAGGUCCUUUGGCGCUAACGUUUUCAAAAAUCCGGUUAGAUAUAUAUGCGUAGUACAAAAGCGGCAAAAAUUCAAGGAGUGGCUGGCCCUCGACAGCUUCUCUCCACCUAAUUCGCUUGAACUAGUCAAAUAAUAAAUUAGGGGUAAAUCAGUUACGGAAACCUUAAUGUGUGCCACUGGACAGCAAAUAUUUCCGAGGCCGAUGAUCUGAUGAUCAGUGUCGUAGUAUAUAAGUGAUAUCCGGUGUCUGUGUCAAAUGGGAUCAUUUGUAGCCGUAAUUAUCGAUUUUUUAGCUGAACCUUCUCCUUCUUCAGUUCGCAAUUGUCAAAUGCAAAUGACGAUACUGACAAUACUUCUUUUAAUUCCUGAAUACAGAUCCGGAUCCUUGUAUAGACGUAUACUGUAAUUAUCACGGUCUGUGCAAGGCUUUUGGACCAUACGAUGCCCGCUGCGUGUGUAUAGACAGUUGCCCAUCCUUCCAAGUACCCGUAUGUUCUUCCAAUGGAACGACGUUUGACAACGACUGUUUCUAUAAGCAGGAAAUGUGUAUGUUACAACUGAACCACACUGUGCAACAUCCAGGGAGCUGUGAAGGUAUUAUUUGAAGUGGAUGUUUGUGAAGUAUCCAUUGUUUCUUGCCUCUGUGCCCUUUCCGCUACCCUUCCCGCUCCAGCUAGAAAAAAAACUCACGACUACUAAGUUUAAGUUUAAAAAAUUGCCUAAGUUAAAAUUGCAACAUUUUGGGUUUUAGAAGUCUGACUGUGUACGAUGUUUCUGACAAUGACGUACGUGAGGAUGUUAACCAGACAAAUAAUACCGUAUUCACUGUAUGUAUUAUUAUUUAAAAUUCUAAAGAUCAAAAUUCCCAGCAUUAUGGCUGGAAGAAUUUGAGCCUUUCAAUAUCCUCUAUGGUCCUAAGAACAGCACUCAUAAUUCGAGGACGGCGCUCUGUCGAGUAACUAAGGAGGACGUGUUUAAUUAAUGAACCAGGUUAGCCCUAUAUACCUGCCUCGUCCCCAGUCGCACGCCAUCACUUUUGGGGGAUAUUUGAGUUAAUUAUUAAGGAAAGCGGGGAAGAAGGGAGUGCGCUCUAAGCUCGUUCCCAUCAUUCCCCUUUCGCGCUUCUCGCUCUCGCGUGUUCCCAAUCCCCAGUUAGUCUUGGGAAAGCCUGCGGAGGAGGCAGCCUUUUUAUACGGCUGUAAUUACUCAUUAUAAGUCUAAACGUUGCUCUUUAAUUGUCUUAAUGUGAUUGUGGGUGACAAAUAGCUAACAAAUUGACCGAAAGAGAGUGUGUUGGCACCCUUCAGAGUUCUUACCACUGUGACAUUUUGCCGACAUUCCGUGACCUAGUAUAAGUAUACUGAAAAAGAAAGGCAAAUCAUAGAAACGAUUUCUUGUAUAUCAAGCAGAAUAGAAAAAAAAAAAAAAACAUAAACAUGAUCCUCAUGACAUACCCUUCGACUGUCUCAGAUUUGGGUCAGCCAAUUGGUUUUACGGAGCAGCAAUACGUUAAUUAAGACAUUACACCCCUAUUUUCCCGAACGAUCGUCGAGAUCGAAGACUUUGCGUUUAUGGGGGUCAUCUUGGAUGAGUGUCAAAUCUACUCAGGGGCUAUUAGCCCCGACUCGCGCCCCCUGGGUACAUAUGAAACCAAGAUGGACACCCGUACUGGUAAGCGCUCAAUCUUGACGGUCGUACGAAAAAAUAGGGGACUGUGAACAGACUGUUAUGACUGCCUAUAUCUAUAUUUAUAAAAAGAUUUUGAACGUCGAAUUAAAACAAGAAUAUCGCGCUCUCAUGGUUCUAUUUCAAAUUUCAUUGUCUAUUUCCUCGCACACAGUGGUUGUCGACCACCUUGCAGGCGAAAAAUCUCUCAGUUAUUGUCAAAGUUAAAUUAAUUUGUUUUGUUUCUGUUUAACUUUCCAGGAUUCCCAUAUCAGCGCUCGCGACUUCACAUGCCUCACAUACCAUCCUUGGGGUAUUCGCAUUGUGAAGUAAUUCAUCUACGACCAUUCGUGUUCUAUCCCGACAAACCCGUCCAAGUGCAGGUAACUGUUAAUCACGUUGAUACCAGGGACAUGAACUAUGUCCACGAUGCUGCUGUGUCGUGGAUUGAAGAUGUGAGUGUCGAACAAUUUACUGCUUGCGUGAUGGCGGCGGGUUUUAACGAGCGCAAGUCACGUGCUAAUGUGUCCUUAGACUGGAUAGCUUAUCAGGGAGCCCCAGAUGGUGGGGUCUCUGGAGAAGUGCGCAUGUCACAGUGGUGGACUGGGACAACAUGCAAGACAGUGAAUUUUCCUUCGGUAAGUAAUUUCUACACCUCAGUGAUUUACUUUUUCUAUUACACUAUACACAGUUGAGAAAGUAUUACCUGUUUUCAAGCCCGGCGAUGGGGGUAGUGGGAUACCAAUAUACCCAUUUUUUUUUUCUCAUGAGAUACAUGUAUUAGUAUAUACCUUAAAAUUCUAAAAUCUUUGACUCCAAAUAUCUAAAAUUGCCUUGAAUCCUUGAAAUAGAACACGGCCGUAUACCUAAAAAUUAUCCAGGGCCUAGUUGUUCGAAGGCCGAUUACCACUAACCCAGGGUUAAAUUUUAACCCAUGUGUCUUUUUCUCUUUAUCAAUAGCACUUUCUCGGAUAAUUUACUCUAUUCUUUUUGGAGUGUUCUAUCAUCAAAUUGUAAACGAAAAGAAUUAAACUGAAUUUUCUUUUUAAGCUCUCAUAUCUGAAUUGAAAUUUCGCAUUAAGCCUGAGUUAUCUUGACCCAGCUUUGAACAACUCGGCCCAGGUUACUGAAAGAUAACACACCCAUAUAACGAGUAUAACUUUUAGUGCACUGCACUCGGUCAUGAGCUAUUUGCUUUCCCUCAUUUGCCAGCCCCUUGAGCUUGCAACUUCGAUCACUGUGUCAACAUAAAUCCUAAUACUUAAGAUUCAGGAAAACGAGAUACUCUAUACCCGCAUUUUGACACCAAAAUACCGUAUACCUAGACACCCAAAAAGCCAAGCCACCUGCAAAAUAAAUUAAAAAGAUGCCUUUUCAAACUCGAGCUUCGCCCCAUUUAAGGAAUUAAAUCCAAGACAGUCUUGGGUUCUGGACUCCAUGCUGUGGAUUCCGGAUUCAAGGUACUGGAUUUCGGAUUCUUUGUCAGUCUCCGGAUUCCAGAGCCUAGUAUUCCAGCUUGUAAUAAUACUUUGAUUUUAAAUUGACCGCAUGUUGCUUUUUUUUCAGUCUAACGUUUUCUCCCAUGGUCGUUAUAAGGUUCCAGAGCAACCUUCAGUUUUCAUAACUGCUGCACAUCAUCGUGCUGGACUGAAGAGAGACGCAGCCAGCGUUUGGUUGGAAGACAUUUCGCUAUCGUCAUUCAAGAUAUGUUUGAGGGAGCUACAAAAUUACGCAGGCUCACAUGAAGAUAUUUCCGUUGUAUGUUUUUCUUCCAUGCUCUCUUUCUUUUCUACGUUGUUUUCGACAUAUUCGCUUUUCCUGUUUAGGCGACAGAAAGAUACGACUGCAUAUUACACUAGCAUUUAAGGAAUGUUUCUCUUUUUUACCUUUUUUCUCCGUUCGUUUCUUUGUUAUAGAACUGGCUGGCUUUUUCAUCAAUUGAGACGCCCUUUUUCUCGGAGCACAACUCAAUAUAUUUUGCCAACUCUCAGCCUCCUCAAGCCUGGAACAAUAACGCAUUCUGUAGGGUCAGCAUAUAAUCUCUUGUUUGAUAUUAAUACGUUGUACUUGUAUUGUUUUCGUUAACUCCUCUUUGCAUCGAAGUUUGAAAUCUGUUGUUCUGGUUCAUUAGGAUAUUUCCUUUGUUAAAGUGUACAAGAAUGCCCCAAGUGUUUUUGUAUCAGCGAAUCACACUUCAAGUGUGGGAGGCGUGGAUCCGAUGCACAACUCCAUAACAGCUUGGGUUGAGGUGAGUGUGGUAUUGUAGACAAACGUAAAUAUAUAGGCAAACAUUACUUCCGUUAACAUCACUAACAUAUGGUAAUAAAUUCUGUACCCUUUACAUUAGCAUUUGUAAUAAUUGUUUGAUGAUAACCUUAAGUUUACUUUCCUUUAGUACAUCAACACAACAGGAGCUCGAGUGUGUUUAAAGGAAUUGUACGAGUCAAAAUAUGACCCUCUCUCCGUAUCAUAUACCGUCAUGACAGGUAAGGGCGCAUUUUAAUUCUGCGGGUUUUACCUACUAAAAACUAAAUCGAGGUUAAAAAGGAAAACUAAAAUACACCGUAGAGCCUUUUCAAGCCAUUUUAACAGGAGGUUAAAUCCGCCAUGUUGGUGUCCUACACCAGCUCGCUGGGAGUUAAAUUCUUGUCUUAUAUAAACGCUUUCUCAUCAAAAUUUAAAAAAAAUAGCUUUUUAAAGCACGUGAUUUAAAACACUCUAUUAAGAUAUUCCAGCCCCUUGCUUUAUUAAGUAUUACGAAUUGUCAUACGCUUAAAAUGCUGUAGACCAGUGUCAACUUUGUAGUUAAAGGCAAAAAGAGAACAGAGGAGUAAUAGGGUCUUUUUAAAAUGCAUUUUUUCUGAGUUGAAAUUUGCCACAAAUGUCACAUAUUUUCCUGCAUUUUUGAAGCCGUCAUAGUUAAUCUCCGAGAACGUUGACUUGUAUGUUGUGUUUGCUUGUUUCGAAUGAAAGCCGUCAGAUAACAGCAGCGACUUUUUUCAUGACGUAAACAGGUUACGAUAAAAAGUGAUUCAGCUCAAGUCUCGGCAUGAUCACUGAACCAAUUCCCGGCUACGUCACUCAACUGACUGAUUAGUAAAAAGGGACUAGCCUGCGUAGCAAGCGUUUCCGCGCGAGUUAGUCGAGAGAGUUGGGACGAGAGCAAUUUCCGCGCGAGUUAGUCGAAAAAGUUUGGACGACAGCAAAUAACUCGAUUGGAAACGCUUACUACGUAGGCUAAUAAGGGACUGGCUAUCAACUUAAGUACGUCCGUAUUCUAAUUUCAUCUGUUGUCAGCUAAUAUAAGGCACGUCCUUUUCUAGCUUGCUCUUGACACGCACGUGCGUCAUUUUCAUAAACUCAAUCCGAUAUAGGUACUGUUUUUAUUUUUUUAUAUAAACGCGUUUACCCCGAAUGGAGGUAUAAAGCACAAGUGGGAUCUAUGGUACUCUUUUGCCAAAAGACGUCCAAAGGAAAUAUACAGAAUUGCAAUCUUAAUUUUUGCUAUCCCACUCUCAUUUUAUAUUUUUUAUCACAUGCAGAUAUUUGCCAGACAGAAUGGAGUUAUUUUGAUGGCUACUGUUACUUAACAAGUCGGGCAUGCGCCACGUGGCUCACCGCUCAAUCAAACUGCUCUACAAUGAGUUCCAAUUUAGUAACAGUUUACAGCCAAGAGGAGAAUGUUUACAUUCAACACCGUCACAACGGAGAAAGAUCCUGGAUCGGACUCAAUGACCGAAGUGUGGAGGGUUCCUUUGCGUGGGCAAGCAAAGAUACAAGUAAUUUCGAACUCUGGGCACCGAAUCAACCGAACGACUGGAAGAACGAAGACUGUGUUCACACUCUUGGUGCUCGUCAUCGCUACGAAUGGAAUGAUGUAUCGUGUGAUAACUGCUUCAACUACACUUGUUUUAAAGGUAGUUUUAUAAUAUACUGUGAUAUCAAGUUUUAACUUUAUCUUAGCUAGAGGCUACCCGCAAAUAGUAGGGUUAUUCUAGGCGGGCUGAACAAAACUCACUAGGUUAUUUUAUUCUUUUGAAUUGAUGAAUGCUUCAUCGUAAUCGUCCUCAGUUUGCAUGAGAUAACAUAAAGUUAACAAACAUUUUUAAAAGGCUUUUUUGGAUAUUAGCGUAUUUCAUAACUUGCCUCCAAUGAUGGAUGAUGGAACCCUUCCCCAGAGUUUUAUAUGUUAAAAUAUUUCGAAACUAUUUUGCCUUUGAUAUCAUCAACAAGAUGAGGUAUAUUUUAUGUGUGGAGGCGCUGCUGGAGGCCUGGACGUCACCAACAAAGAUUGCCAUCUUGGCUUGGAUUUUACCAAGAAUUAGAAAUUAAGUUCAAGUUAAAAUGGUAAUUUUUUGAGCUUGACGUGUAAAAUAACACCGGCCCCAGGAAUCGAACCUGCGACAUCCCGCUCUGCAGUCGAGCGCUCUACCGACUGAGCUAAUCCUAGCUCGACCCACUACCCACGACUCACGACAUUUAGCUACACUCCCUAAAAACGCUUGCGUGGGAGACUAUUCCAUUUGCCGUGCCUGAGAAAACAUGGGCUCGAUCUGAUUUGAGGGGGGCCGGGGAUACAAUUUUUCCACUCUUUUUCGUCUGUUCAGCUGAUUUAGAUAUACAUUGCAGCGGGUCGUUCUCUCACCACGUCAAAUUUUUAUAGUUUUAUGUUUAUGUACAAGACUUAAAACCGUGUGGCCGUGUAAAUGGUAAGCACUCCCUAGGACGCCCAAAUGCGAGUGAUUAAUAAAUUCAUUUUUUCUCAGUGCAAGUCUGAACGAAUUUUGACAACAUACGUGCCGCGCAUGUGUACUAGUUACAAUCUGCAGAGUAGGAAGUAAGUGGCCUCCUCUGCUCGCCCGCAAUAAUGCAACCCCCGUUCUUAAUUAUUUGUAGUCACCUCAGUUGCAUAAAGCGGGAACAAAUUCCAAAAUUCAAAGUGACGCUACCUUUGUAAAGAUAUGUGAUUAUAACACGGAGUACUUUGCUCUUUUCAGACUUGGACGAAUGUGCUACUAAUGCCUAUACUUGCGGUGUCAAUGCUGAAUGCCGGAAUACCGUGGGUUCAUACAUAUGUGUAUGCAAAGUCGGAUACACUGGAGAUGCUUACACGACCUGCACAGGUAUUAGGCAAUUAAAUUAAUAGAAAACAAACAAGCAAACAGAGGAAGAUAAAAAAUCGAAGGAAAUAUUUACAAGGCAACUACUCACCAAGAUUAUUUUCGUAUACAAACAGAGUGAUUUCAACGGAAUGUAAAAAAAAAAAAAAACAUUUAAAAUGACUCCCUUAAUCAAAAAUUCGAACAAGUAGGCGUACCCAGUAGAUGUGCUACAAUUACAUCUUUACAGUAUUUUCAAGGAUAUCAUAGAUUCUCAAUAAUUGUGUAAGCUAUAGCAUCAAUGGUUGAAAAGGGAUCGUCAAAAGUUUAAAUGACUACCUCGAUCUGAGAAGAAAUUGAGAGCUUCAUUUGCUUCUGUCAAAAUUAACUCACAAAUAAAAAAAGGGGUUUUUUUGUCGCUUCUUGAAAGUGCUUACAAUGGCGGCUCCGAUCGUCGUGAGACUUGUUUAAAUGUUGUGUUCUUUGCCUUGCUUAUUCUUGGUAGCACGAACAGCUUUUCGAAAAUACUUACUUUGAUUUUUUUCCUUCAUAAGUUAACUUCGAUUUCAAGGCGAAUUUCUUCUUGUGAGGAAAUACCGAGUUUACAAAACGGCCUCGUUCUCCUUUUAAUAGCUCCGUGGUUGUAAAAAUUUCUUUGAGGGUAAAAGUCGCAGCUACAGCUAAUCACUUUGCAUUAAAUCACGCUGUUUAAAACACUUGAAGUCUUUUCUAUUCCGUCUUCAAAACCAUCGACGCUAGGAUUUUCUCAAUGUGUUUAAAAAGUUCUUACUCUAAAACUUUGCGUCAAAACACUAAGAGGGGGGUCAGUUAUUUCAACAAAGUCUAAAUUGGGCCACGGUUUUGCAAGUCUUUGCACCUCCAAAUAUCUUCCUUAGUGGGUAAUUUUAAGAAAAUAAGUGCUUUUCGUUCUCCAGUGUAUACGUUGCGCUUUCACGAAACUUACACUAUAGUAAGUGUUGAUUUAAAAGGGUUGGGGAAAUUGAAAAUGGCUUAUAGAACGCGGUUUUGUUAAACACUGCCGGGCUAAACUCCGAUUAAAUAACUGGCCCUAAGGGUUAACAAAACCGCGUUCGAAGCAUUUUUAGUUUUGCCAAACGCUCAUAUCAAAAGAACGUUUAUCAAACAAAUCAGAUUGGGAUUGGUUUGAAAUCGCCAAGAUCAAUUAGUGUAUAUAUACUAAAAUAAAUUUUUCACGUCUUGUUGCCCUUUAGAGGCUACUCAGGCUGGGCAUUCGUGCCCGAGAUGGAACAAAUUAUUAUUCCCAUGACUGAGCUCCAAUGCCUCCUGUUAAAUUCAAAAAUUAGAUAAACUAUAAAGUUAUGACUAUAAAUGGCAGUAUUUUUCUUUUCGUAGAUAUCAACGAGUGCACCAGGAGAACUCACAACUGUCAUCCUUCACUUGGUAGAUGUGUUAAUACAGUUGGAUCCUUUAGCUGUUUUUGCAUCAAUCAAUUUACGGGCGAUGGAAGAAUUUGCAGUCGUCUAGUAGACGGUAAGUACACUGGCAAACAUCUGAAAGAGGGGUCUUCCUUCGGUGCCUUGCUUCAGUCUGCAACAUAUCUCAGUAUGACCAGCUUGCUCUACUCCAUGUAACUAACACUUCGUAACUAACAAUUCGUCGGGUGCGCUCCCGAUAACCUGUGAUCAGGCUUUUUUUUUUAGGGGAAAGGAAAAAAAACUCCUGAUACAUUUACUUCACGAGUCGUCUACCACCCCCUAAUUAAAGUAUCUGUCAAAAUUAGUGUCAUCGUGUCAAAUUUUACCGGAAAUUCAAGCGGUUUGCAAUUGAAAUGUAUAUUGAUACAAUAGUCGUUAGCGAAAACAUCACAGAUUUUAAAGGCCAAGUUGGCACGUACUGCUGUUAUUGCGAAUCUUGCCUUAUCGUUGCCGUGUGGUACUUUUGUUCAAACCGUCAAGUCAAACAAAUUUUAAAUAAUUCAUUGAAAUAAUUAAUUCAUGCACGAAGUAUUAUUAUUCAAUUCAGAAUAUUUAAUCCGUGUACAAGGACCAAAGGCCGUCGAAAUGCAAUACAAAAUAAUGAAACAGCUUUAAAGCUUAUUGACGGCUUUCGGAAGACAAGCGACGUUACAUGCCUGGAAACGUACAGUAUAAAAAUAUAUAUAUUAAAAAAAACAUGCACUGUAUAGUAGUGAAACGUGAAUAAACUUAAUUUACGUCGAUUUCUACCGGACUUUGCUAGCGCUCGUAACCGAAACUAAGCUGAGAUCAGGCUCUGCUUUUCCAGCUUUCCUGGGUAAAUAGAUUCCAGGCGGGUAAGCAAACCGAAAAGUCUCCCAUUUUAUUUCAUUUUAUCCAUGGCAUGCAUAUUAGUCGGUACAACACGGGCAUUCCGAAAAUGUGAUAAAAGAGCGCCGCUGACCAAGAAUAGGCUGUGGGCUCCUUUUGUCGCCCGCAAUUAUGUCGCGGCUACUUGGUGUCCACACUUAUAAAGAGCUAUAUAUAAAGAGUUCAACUUUGGUAGCCAUAUCUGUCAGGAAGUGUGCGACAAAGAGGAGACCCUGACAUGUACGGAUAUACCUUUCCAAACGUUUCGUAUUGCUUGUUGAUCUAAAUUGAAAACCAGGUGAAAUACUGAGAACGCCAGCGUUAGGAGCAGUUUACAAAACAAGUGCUGCUCUCGUUAUCAUCUUCAUCUUAAUCACUAUCAUCAUCAUCACCAUCAUCAUCACCAUUAUCAUCAUCAUCAUCAUUAUAAUUACUAUCAACAUUUAUUAAUUAAGUUUUCGACAUUAUUUUUUGUCAGAAUGCCAGGCUGAACCCGGUCCGCCUUACAAAGAUAGGGACAAGCGUAAAGGAUAUAUGAGUCUUACCAACGCUGACAGGACGGUGAAUUUCGGCAUCAGUGUCAAGAAGACUGACAAGGGAGAGAAGGGAUGGUUCCGUUUUGAGGGGAGCGCAGGCACAAAAAUGAAAGACUCAUGUCCGAGAUAUAGUUAUAGAUAUAGUCAACCACGUUCGAAUACGUGCAACACUAACGCACCUGGCUGGAUGAGCGGUAGUGAGCCCAACGUCAAUGACGGUCAGGUCACCAGGACGGCGUGUUUUACCUGGAAUUCUAACUGCUGUUACUGGUCAACAAGCAUCACAGUGAGAAAUUGUGGUUCAUAUUUAGUGUACCAUCUCACCAGCACACCCGAUGAUGGUACUCACUCCCUUCGCUACUGUGGUAAUGGCUGACUAAGCAGCAAACAAAAACUUAACGCUUCCUUUCAUUGGUUUCAAAUCAUAGUUAUAACAAUAAUAACAAUAACAUUAACAUUGAUAAUAGCGGUUUUUUUGAAGCAUAAAUUCAGUAGUUCUACAUCGUGAAAUAAAACAUCUUAGACCUAGAACAUACAAAAAAAUUAGGUAUAGUCACACAAUCAAUUAAUACAGUUUACUUGCAACUCGAUCCGAAGAACAAUAGCAGCAACAAACAAUAGUGAUGCAAAAUAAAAAAGUCAGACCUAAGUAGAAAACGUAUGCUCAGUUGCUUGUGGGUGACUUUAUUCUACGUUUCGAUGUAUCCAACAUCAUUAUCAAGAAUGGAAAAACGAUGUAUGUCAAAUUUAUAAAAAGUUUAAGUACUUGAUUAUCAUUAAAUGGUUCCCUCCCCUCCACAGAGGUCUCUAUGAAACCAAGAGAGGCUGGGGAGGUGGUGGGAGGGGAGAGGAAAACGAGCGUCGGACAAUGAGAAGGGAGACGAGAAGAAGACAGGCUCCCGCCUUUUCCCCUCUCCAUGGCCCCCUGUGCGCAACAAUGGUGACUGGGUGGCAUGAGUUGGUUCCCAUACAAAUCCUUCUAAUUUUCGGCGGUCGUUGCAAUCGCUAUUUCUGAGAUAUACGGCUGAAAAUUUACCUAAUUUUAAUACGCUCUUUCAGUUCUGCCAGUAAAAUUAUUCAAGCUCGAACUUUUUUCGUGGGUAAAGAAAGUUGAUCACGUGACCAACUAUUGCAAAAGGCCUAUUAGUCUGCAAGGUUACUCUCGCACGUGAUAGUUAGUUUCUGGACCCUAUGCUAUUUCAUUUGCUUCCCAAUCGAAGAUUUUGAGCUGGAGGAGUCUCGAUUUGUAAAACCGACAAAAUCCAUAUCCCAUAGACUACAUUCAGAAAUUAAAUACCACGCACUCAAAUGAUCUUCGGUCAACGUUUUGGCUCCAUAGGACCUAUAGUCCAGAGGAUGUUGCAGAUUUUCUUGCUACUGAGAAAAGGUUGCAGAGAGACGCCAAUUUUUGUUUCCUUGUGUUCUCCGCAUUAUUUUGGUCAACGAAAGGAAGGGAAAACAUGACCUUACGAAGAGUGUUGCUCUUGUCUGUUGUGUAACUUCGCAAUUCACAGCCCGCUACGUCGUCUGGCGUCAAUCAGCUGGGAAGGAUUUCGAAAGCGUGACAUUCGUCAGUGACAAAUUUUAUUCUUGGUUAUAAUGUUGGAUACAUCAAAAGGUCGAAUGACGUAACCACAAAUUUUUCUCAGUUUUUAAUCAUGACACAAGAAUCUUUACUAAAAACAACGUUACCGUAGACCUUGCCUGUAAAUUAUUUGAUACGAUGAUUUCUACCGAUUCUGACAGAUAACAGUGAAAUUUGGGGUGUGUAUGCCAAACCAGACUUUAAUCCUGAUUUAUUAGAUACCGCUAAAGAAAAAUGCUCUGUAGGUUUAAUGAACCAGGAAUACAUAUCAUAUUGGAGAAAUACCCUUCAACAUUCUCAAAAACUAGAAAUUUAUAGAUCUUUUAAAACUGAUCAUACUACUUCUAAUUACCUACUAGACUUAUAACAGGAACAACUGAGAGACGAGCAUUAGAAAAAUUACGAAUAAGAAAUCAGAAACUAAUGAUAGAAUUAGGCAGAUAAAAGGCAUUGCCCUCCUUGUGGAUCAAAUCUAAUAGAAGACGAAGUUUACUUUGUUUUUCGUUGUUCAACAUACUCUGUGAUUAGGUGAACAACUUUAAGAAUAGGGUCAAUACUCUGAUUCUAAAUAUUACCCAGUUACCAGUAAAAGUUUUGAUCAAUGAACUGAUAAACUCACCUUAUUACUUUAUCAAUAUACAAUUUCUGAAAUUUAUGUCAGCUUAAUUUGAUCUUCGUGACAAGUUAUAACCUAUUGAAAUGUUUCAAUGUAGUUUUUCAGAGGCCAUACCGAUAUUUUUCAAUCGCUUUAAAAGUGAUUUUAUCCUUGUCUGACGGCUAUAAAAUUUUCACCAGUGAAUGACUAUAGAUUGAAAUUUGUCAAACUGUAGGUUUUAGUAAAAUCGAUAUUACUAUGGCAACAAUAAAAAAAAAAAACUUUGAAAUUGAUAAACGUCUAAUUUUGAGCGAUCUAGCCUGACCAGCUACUGAGUAUCCAACACUAGGAACGUAAAGUUUGGUGUUUAGCAAAUAACCUCCGUAAGAAGUAAAACAGAAGUAAAGAAGUAAGAAGUGAAAAAUUUCGGUAUGGCCUCUAAAAAACUGUAUCGAAGCCCCUUAAUUGCAAUAUGAUAAAAAAUUUAAGAAGUAC